AUUAAUUCCAGCAUAUUGUCAAAAGAUGAAAAGUAGACUUGAGAUGUUGAACGACUCCCUUGUGGAAACAGACCAUUUUCAGAAGAAGAUAGUUCUUCCGUACUUCAAGGAUAUCUACAAGGAUCUUGCAAGCAGAUCUGAGGAUCCUGAUAAAGGAAUUGAAAAAAUAAAUUUGUUACAGUACUGAGACCUUCCUGGAGUCUAUGGUGAUAGAAUUUUUGCUAUCCUCGAUACAGAUGGUUCAGGAUUGAUUGAACUCAAAGAGUUCUUGGUUGGGUUCUUCCGCGUAUACUGCUCAGACUUUGAAACAAACAUGAAGCUUGCUUUUGAGUUCUACGAUUUUGAUAAAGAUGGAUUUAUCACUGAAGAUGAUGUAUCCCUCGUUCUUUCUUAUGCAGACAUUCAUACCAAAAACGAAGAUGAUCAAGAAGAAGAGAAAUAUGCUCGGAGAAAGUCUCAAAGCCCUAGGAAUCAUGACUUCAAUGAUAGAAUAGAGAAUCAAAAGGAAAUAGGAAAAAUCAUUGAAGUAAUGUUCAAGGACAAAGAUAAACUGAAUUAUGAAGAAUUCAAAGAUUUCAAUACCAGCAAAUCCUCAGAAACAAUAUUAUGUGUUCUGAAAUCUUUAAAGCAGAACAUUCCCUGCACUGAUAAUUUCUACAAAUAUCUAAAAGACUACAGAAAAGAUAUGAAUAGCAAGAGUACUAGUCCUCCUAGUCUCAUGACUAGCUCUCCCAUUGCUAACCCAACGUCCAAAACCUUCACAGCUACUUCACCUUCUGCAGGAGAGACAAAGGCUAAGUCCUUCCUUUGGAAUGCUGCCAAGAAGAUAAAAAGCCCAGGCGUGGCUACUCCCAAAGAUCCGGCAAAAUUGACAAAAGAAGAGCUAGAAGAGAACAUAAAGAAAAAUGCCACAAAACUGAAAAAUCCAAAAGCUCAUCGCAAAGAAAAGCUCAUGAGACAAGCAACUAUCAAGGAGGAAGACAAGGAAAAGGAUAUCAACUCUAGAGCUAUUCGGAUGAAGAACUGUACUAAGCUCAGCAUAGACGCUAAAGCAGCAGAGACUGAAGGCAUUUUCACAGCUGAAAUAAUGUCUCCAACCUCAUAUUUUUCCAAAGGAGAAACAGUCUCUAAGAUAUGCGUCUGCGGAAGAAAUGAUGUAGAAGAAGGCAAAGAAUACUGUUUUGAAUGAGAAGAAAAUCAAGGCCAAGAAGCUAUGAGCGGUUAUAUGUACAGAAAGACCAAGGAUAAGUCUCGCAUCAAGAAGUACUUCUACAAGAUCAUUGGCACUGAGAUGUACUCCUACAAGAACGAGGAAUCUAAGACCCAUAAAACCAUGCACUCAAUGCUUGGAGUUUAUAUAUCCGAAGAAAAAGAUGAGAAAAUGAGUGACGGAAGUGGUAAAAAUCUCACUCUUUAUCCUAUUAAACUAGUCUUCCCUCAGAAGUAUAGAUUAUAUUACUUCCUCAAUGAUGAUGAAAGAAAUGACUGGAUCAAAGCAUUAAGAGCUGCAGCAGGAUAUAGGUCAGUAGCAGAUUACUAUGAUGUGUCCAAGAAAGUACUCGGAAAGGGAAAGUUUGGAAUAGUGAAGCUUGCUACACAUAAGAAAACUGGUAAAGAAGUCGCUAUUAAAAUGGUAUCAAAAACUCAGAUGUCUCCAGAAGACUUAGAGCUGCAAAGAAAUGAAAUAGAGAUCCUCAAAGUGUGUCAACAUCCUAGUAUUAUUAGGCUUCUUGAUAUUUUCGAAAAUGAGACAGAUAUUUAUCUAGUAAUGGAAUAUAUGAAAGGAGGUGACUUAUUUGAUUAUCUUCAAAGAAGAGAUUUUACUAUUCCAGAAGAUCUUGCUUGUGACUUUGCUCAUCAAAUAGCUACUGCUAUCUUUUAUCUCCAUUCAUACGGUGUAGCACAUAGAGAUCUGAAACCAGAGAACAUCAUCGUUAGCGAUGACACCGAGUCACCUGAAAUUAAAAUCACAGAUUUUGGUCUUAGCAAAAUUGUAGGCCCAAAAGAAACAAGCAAAGAGCCAUUUGGAACCCUAAGUUAUGCCGCUCCUGAGAUUCUUCAAGGACUGCAAUAUAAUAAAUCUGUUGACAUCUGGAGUUUUGGAAUAAUCGUCUUCCUAAUCCUAAGCGGAUGUCUUCCAUUUGAUGACGAUGAUGACAAACUCACUGCUCACAACACCGUUUAUAAAGACCCAGAUCUGUAUGGUGAUCAUAUGAAAGGAGUCUCCAAAGAAGCAAUUAGCUUGAUCAAAAGCUGCCUAGAAAAAUCGCCUGACGAAAGAAUAAAAAUAAUGAAAAUCCUCGAACACAAAUGGUUUGCAAAUGCCAACAAAGAGCUUGCUGCAAUGAGAAAAGGUACUGAAAAAACAGGAAAAGCCUUCAAGGCUUAUACCUCAGGUUUGCGCUAUAAAUCAGAUGAUGAUUCAGAUAACUAAGAGUUUCAUUAUUACUAAAAGUGGUGAAUUAUUCUAUACAUA